AGCCGAAGACUUCCCCCCUGUCCUACCUUCCGUAACCGUGCGAAAGAAAUGGCGGCGUCCGUGUGCCGAGUCGGGAGCACUGUGGGCCGAGCCCUCGCCAAGACCCGCAGUCCCAUCCUGCUGUCUCUGAGGCGUAGCCAUGCCGCUGUCAGCUAUGCGCAGAGCCUGGCGGGAGCCCCUGAAACUCACCUCACGACCCUAGACAACGGUUUGAGGGUUGCGUCUGAGGACACCGGACAUGCCACGUGCACUGUUGGGCUGUGGAUCAAUGUUGGUAGUCGGUAUGAGAGUGAGAAGAACAAUGGAGCAGGCUUCUUCCUGGAGCACUUGGCUUUCAAGGGAACCAAGAAUUACACCCAGACUGCCCUGGAGCAGCAGGUUGAGUCUAUGGGUGCUCACCUGAACGCUUAUACCUCUCGGGAGCACACUGCAUACUACAUGAAGACGCUCGCCAAAGACCUGCCCAAAGCCGUGGAGCUGCUGUCGGAGGUGGUGCAGAGCUGCUCGCUGAGCGAGGCGGAGAUCGAGCAGCAGCGGGGCGUGGUGCUGCGCGAGCUCGAGGAAAUCGAGGGCAACUUGCAGGAGGUUUGCCUCGACCUGCUGCACGCCACCGCCUUCCAGGGCACUCCUCUGGGGCAGAGUGUGCUGGGACCCUCCAACAAUGCCAGGACUCUGAGCCGCCAGGACCUGGUGGAUUACAUCAACAGCCACUACAAAGCCCCUCGCAUGGUGCUGUCUGCUGCUGGAGGUGUGGACCACGAGGAGCUGGUCGGUUUGGCCAAAGCUCACUUCAGCGACAUGUCCUUUGAGUACGAGGGAGACGCCGUGCCCUUGUUGUCACCAUGCCGAUUCACCGGCAGCGAAAUCCGUAUGCGCGACGACGCUUUGCCUCUGGCCCACAUUGCCAUCGCUGUGGAGGGGGCCGGCGCCUCCAGCCCGGACAUCGUGCCGCUCAUGGUGGCCAACACCAUCAUCGGCAGCUACGACCUCACCUUCGGUGGCGGAAAGAACUUGAGCAGCCGCCUGGCUCACCUGGUGGCGGAGGAGAACCUGUGCCACAGCUUCCAGGCCUUCCACUCCUCCUACUGCGACACCGGCCUGCUGGGCAUCUACUUUGUGGUCGACAAGCACAACAUCGACGACAUGAUGCACCUGUGCCAGAACGCCUGGAUGAACCUGUGCACCUCGGUGACGGAGAGCGAUGUCGCCAGAGGCAAGAAGGCCCUGAAGGCCAGCCUGGUCGGACAGCUCAACGGAACGACCCCGAUUUGCGACGACAUCGGCAGACACACCCUGAACUACGGGCGCCGUAUUCCUCUGGCCGAGUGGGACGCUCGGAUCGACGCCGUGACCCCCAAGGUGGUGCGGGACGUCUGCACCAAAUACCUCUACGACAAGUGUCCCGCUGUGGUCGGCGUCGGUCCCGUGGAGCAGCUGCCCGACUACAACAGAAUGCGCAGCGGCAUGUACUGGCUGAGGUUUUAAGAAGCGUACUUGCGUUGCUCCGCGUGUCCCACGUUUGCUCCUCGUCUUCCUCCUCCACCCGUACUCCGUUCUGCACAUUUAAAUGUAGUAUUAAAUUUGACAUCGGUGACCUCUCGAGUCGCACCGUGCAGGUCUUCAUUAGCCGGUGCUGACUUGCAGAGAGAGAGGGCAGACUUUCAGAGGAUAUAAUCAUCUACUGGACACUCAGAAUACAACACGUCCGGAGCAAGAGUAUAUUUAUAAUUUCUGUAACGUUUGUUUCUGUCCUUUAUUGUACAUAACAGAAGCUCUCAUUCUGAGAAAAAUAAAAAAAAUAUUAUAAAAGAUUG